AUGGGCAAGCGUGCGCGUGUCUUGCCGCGAGCCGCAGCGCACGCUCUUCGUCGAGCUGGAACUUCGGUGACGCACGCCGCAGAGAGUUCUGGCGUGUCCAGGCGAGCCAUGCGCUGCGCCGUUAAGCGGCUUGUGCCAGAUGACACCUUCAGGCUGGUUCCGCUAGGGGAGGAUCGUCUGGCCAUUGGCAGCGUGCCGCGCAUACUAACCCAGCUCUGCGAAGCCGUGCCACGCCUGGCCGAAGCGCUGAGUUGCGCGCAGGCGGCUGCCGGCGCGCAGCCACUGAGUUUGGUCUUGUCAUUUGACGAGGCCACUGCCGGGAACGUGCUGGCCCCUGAUCCUCAGAAAAAAAGCUGCAUCGUGUACGCGGCCAUCAAGGAGCUGGGAACCCAAACGGCUGCACUAUGGUGGCCGGUAUGCGUGGUGGGGGCGGAUACUAUGAAGAAUCAGCUCCACGGCAAUCUGGGGCCUGUUCUGCGGCACUUCGUGCGUUUCGCCGUGACUGACAACAUCAAGCAAGGCUUCUUCAUCCAGUGCAGACAGAGUUUCUUUUUGCGUCUCGUACUAGCCGGUGUGAUCGCAGACGGCGAGGCACUGCGGCAGGCACUGAACUGUAAAGGUGCCAGUGGCCUGAAACCCUGUCACUUGUGUAAGAAUGUUGUCAUGAAAAAGCACGCCCUGGCAAGUGCACAGUGCAUGCUCGGCUACACCUGCGACAUUUGCUCGACAGACAUGCAGUCGUGGGACGCCGUUACAGACCAAGAGCUGUUCCAAUUCUGCGAUCUGCAGCGUGCACGGCAGGGGGUGGUCUCCGCAAGCCUUUUUGCUGAAGAGGAGACUCUCAGCGGCAUAGUGUACAGCCCCGAAGGCAUCCUGCAGGACGCCUUCGCAAGGAGACUUCUCCCGCCCAGCAAGUGGAUGUUUGACUUCCUCCACAUCUAUUACACGGCAGGCGGAUGUGCAGCUCUCGAGAUAUCCGCCAUCCUCCGUGCAGCAGAGACAUGUCUGCAGCAGGGCCCCGAGGACUUUGCGUCCCUUCUACGUGAACUGCCCUGGCAGGUGCCCGGGCACGUCUUGGGCCUGCAAGGUCCUGCUGCAAGAGCCCGCCUGUUGCACUCCUCGCGCUUCCCGGACAAGUCCUACAAGGGCAAGGCAGCCCAUGUCAUGCAGCUGCUUCCCAUCAUCCCUUGUCUGUGCGAGCUCUUAGAUGAAGAGAACAAACUGCAGCAGUAUCUCUCGAGCUUCGAGGCCCUGCUUGAGACUCACAGAGAACUGCGCAGACUCGCACGACAGGGCGGAAUCAUGGAAACGUCUCGCCUACAGGAUCUCCAGCGCAGGCACCAGGCCCUCUUUCUGGCUGCAUAUCAGGACGACCUGCUCAAACCAAAGCAUCACUGGAGGCAUCACGCAGCACAGCAAAUCGCGGCCUGGGGUGCCUACAUCGAUACAAGCGCGUGCGAGGCAAAGCACCAGGUGUACAAAGGAGCCGCCAACAAAAAUAUGGACGUCCUGGUGUCCUCUCCUGACUGGUCCAAAGCCGUGCUGACGCGCAUGCUUUGCACGUGCUUCGAACAGCUGGAGACACACUUCGACAACCGUGCCCGCACCAGCUCUGGGCAGGAGAGGCAAUUCGCUUGGGGCCAGCAGACCUUGCGGACCUUCAGCCAGGUCCAGUGGCAGGGACUCCACUGGAAAAAAGGGGACUUCCAGCUGGCGCCUUUCCCUGGCAUGGUCCUGCACUGCUGUUUAAACUCAGGAGACAAGCCUUUUCUUCUGCUCGAGGAGUACCAGCUGGAGGAAAAGCAGCGCUUCAGCGGUCUCUUUCGGGCAACACGUAGGAUGCGAACCUUGCAGGAUCUGCCCAGUUCUCACCUAGCUUCAUGGUGGCUCGUCGAAGAAGCCGGUCUCGUGCGAGCUGUGCGUUAA